UUCACGGCCCUGUGUUCUCCCCCUGUUUUGUGGAAUGUGGAGACCAUCUGCUACGUCACCCUCAAAUCAAACCGCCUGGGGUUUCGUCGUCUGAAAACUUUUCAAAAGGCUAUAAAACAUUAAGUGAACCCCUCCGGACACAGCGGCCCCUCCGAACACCGUCGGGAGACAUUUGCUGAUUGCCUGCCGUGUUUUGGUAACACUUCCCUCCCGGGGGGACGCUCGUCUCUGUCUCCAUGGUAACGCCGUGGACGCCCAGCCUCGGCGUCGUCGCGUUGAGCUGCCUGCAAGGGGGCGGAACCGCGGAGAGGGACGACGGGGCUUCGAUCGUUUCCCCCCAGUGAGCGGCGGGAUCGGCCGAAGAUGCCAUUUCAUGACGGAGUCUACUACCCCUACACCGCUGACACCCAGGGGACUCAUUCGUCCGCGGGCAUCCCCUCCCUGCUGAAUUCGCCGCUCAGCCACCACUCAGCGACCGGCAUGACUCCGUCCAGCGGCGCCGCCACGGUCCUCCCCUUCAAGUUUCGCCCACGUCGGGAGAGCGUGGACUGGCGGCGGAUCAACGCCGUGGACGUGGACAUGGUGGUGAGCCAGCUGGAUGUGGACGCCCUUCAGGAGCACGUCAGCAUGGUGACCUUCUGCAGCCUGGACGGGGAGCGGUGCCAGCGGUGCCAGAGCCCCGUGGACCCGGCGCUGGUCAAGCUGCUGCGGCUGGCCCAGCUCACGGUGGAGUGGCUCCUGCACUGUCAGGAAUUUCUCACCCUCAACCUGCGCGGCGCGGAGGAGCAGCUGGCCGCCGCCGGCAGGGAGCGCGGCCAGCUGCUGGCCCAGCAGAAGCAGCAGGAGGAGAGGGCGAAGAUGCUGAUGGCCGAGCUGAAGCAGAGGAAGAAGGUCAUCCGCACGCAGCAGUCCAUGCUCACGCCGCGAAUCAUCAGCAGCCACAAGUGUCUCCACUGUGAGAAAUCCUUCCUUAACUCCUCGUUUCUUCAGAACCACAUGCAGCGCCGUCACCCCGAUGAGUAUGAGAUACAGUUGUGCUCGGACAGUGAGAAGAAAUCUCAGAUUGAAAGUCUCAAACUGGAGAUCAGCAGUCUGAAGGAGCAGCUUGUUCAACAACAGCAGGCCCUACAGACCAAAGCAGCUCAGGAGAAAGAGCAGCUGUCCCUGCACAAAGACCUGCUGAAAGAGCUGGACCGCUUUAAGGCUGAGGAGAUGGCGCGCAUGGAGAGAAAGAUCGAGGACAGUAGGGAUGGCAUGCGCAGGGAGAUGGAAUUUCUUUACACAAGAAAUAUUCAAGCUCUUAAUGAAGCUAAUCAGAGUCACACAGCCAAGAUCGAAAAACCAGCCAGCCCUGUUCACCCAAAGGCAGAAAGGGAGCUGGACAUCUACAAAGAGAUGCAGAUACAAGCCAUCCAGAAGCUGGAACAGCAGCUAAAGAAACAGGAUAAAAAGUGGGAAUUGAGGCUACAAGAAAUUAAAACCCAUCACGAAUCUGAAAAGAAUGAGUUGCUGAACGAGCUGAGCAGGAUGCAGCUGUCAGUGUCCGACCACCAGGAGCAAAGCCAACGGCUGCAGCAGGAGAUGAGCAAGAGACUGCAGGAGAAGGAGCAAACCAUCAGGGCUCAGAGAGAGCAGAUAAAGAACAUUUCCUCAAAUCCACCCACCAAAAUAGUAGAAGUACCAGUUGCUGUUAGCGUUGCAGCACCGGAGCCUAAAUCAAGGAGACCUGAAGUUGACUUGAGCAGCAUCACCGAUAGGAGAACUGUGGAGAAGAAGCCAGGGCCUGUGCCGGAGAAGAAACAAAGAGUGAGCAUCGGUGCACUCAAAAGUAACCCCAGCAUCAUAAGAGAGAUGCGACCAGAGCUGGAGCAGGCCGCCAUCGCAAGACUGGAGGACCUGGGGGUCAAGCCUGACCAGAGUGGUCUGAAGAACAAAGAGCUCACCUCCAUCUUGUCUAAGGUUCAUUCAAUGCGAAACAGUGUUGCGAAGGGGAUGUCGGACUACUGGCUCCACCGCCAGGAGAUAGCCACUGCUGUGGAAAAGAAGCUGGGCCAUCACAGGAGAGGCAGCGACCCUGCUCCUGAAACACAGGCCAGAUCCAGAUCAGUCCAAGCGUUACAAAUCAGGCCUCGAUCCAGUAGCCUUCCCUCCAGAGCGGUACAGGUGAUGUCUGGACCUGCUGUCAAACAGCCCAAGACCCCACAGCCAACGCCAAGAACCAAAACCACAACCCAACCUAAGACAUCCACACCCCACAACAAGACGACUCCAAGGACCUUUGUAACCAAGACACCUCCUUUCAGCUCAGAUGAGGAAUCCGAGGAAGAAGUGUCAGACAUAGAGGUGGAGAAAGACGUGAGGGCCAUAUCACCACAGCGUCGACCUCCACAGCGUCAGGCACCUCCAGUCCAAAGUCGAGCAAGCAGAGCCAAUCCGCUCCAGACCAGGCAACCUCCAGCCAGACACUUUUUUUCCUCCAACCCUCAGCAAUCUCGUGGGUCGGUGGGUGUAGUGACCAAGACAACAGUCACGAUGGUGGGGAGUGAUGACGACGACGAUGAUGAUGAUGAUGAUGAGUCGUCAGAAGUCAGCGAGCUGAUUGAGCCCAUACAGCUUCAGAGUACCAGAGACCAGAACAGCAACAUGGACAGGAGAAGCCUUGGUAAAGAGAACAAAAUUAGUGACCUGGCCAAAAAAAUGGAGAAGCAGUUUACAGAGAGAGUGAUAAAGAAACCUGCAGGGGCAGUCAGCAUCUUACCAGAAAGGAAGGACGUGGUGCAGGAACUGAUGUUCUCAGAUCCAGAGGAGAGCAGUGACUGGGUGGUCUCCUCCUUAGAGGAAAGGCAGGAAGGGUCUAAACCGGCCCAGAGCUCUGGACCACUGAGGAGGAGCCUGGACUCACAGUCCACCAGUGUAUGGGGAACCUCUACAGGGAAGGGCCCCAAAUCAGGUCUGACUGAAGCUGGAACAGGAAGCACUCUGAAGAGCAGCCUGUGUUCCCUCAGUGACAUCAGUGACUCUGAGGACAUUAGCAAUAAAUAAGUAAAAACUACAGCUGAUCAGGUGAUGUAGCACCUCACCAAGAACACACACUAAGACCUCAGUGUCUUCUGACAUUAGUAUAGCACAGUUUGCCAAAUAGCCUUUUUUGUUCUGUAAUUCCAUGGAAACUGAAACACCAGCAAUAUAUAAGAAAAGGGAUAUUUUUGUAUAGAAAAGACCAUCUGAUAUCUGUGUUGGAAAGACAUGAGAUUACUUUACUCUGAAUUUUCAUUUUUAGCUUCAGCCUUGUGCCAACUGUAGUUUGCCCCGUUUUUCACUCUCUUCUAUGUACAUUCAAUGUAGUCGAACUCGCGCUCCCAAGUUUGCACAUUUUGUUUGUACAUUUUGUACAAUUUUAUAAUACUUUUUGUACAGAAAAUAUAUAUUCAACAAUAAAAAAAAUCUCAAAAGAAA